AAAACCCACUCAUCCCUUCUUUCUUCUCUUUCUUAUGCUCUUUUUCUCACCAUGUCAUCCACCGCCAAACAUAGUAUCUUUCUCUUUCUUUUUUUCCUUCUUUUUAUCUCUCCGCCUCCCUCCGCCGCCCAACCCACCGACCCAAACGACGGCCGUUACCCCUACGCUCGUUUCACCCCUUCCAUGGCCAUAAUCAUCGUUGUCUUGAUUGCCGCUUUGUUCUUUUUGGGGUUCUUCUCAAUUUAUAUCCGGAACUGUUCCGAUGCCAACGCAAGCUUCGUCCGCCCCGUCAACGGCGGAACGGGGCGUUCCCGUCGCGGGACGCGAGGGCUUGAAGCUUCCGUGAUCGAAACUUUCCCCACCAUGGUUUACUCCGAAGUUAAGGUUCAUAAGAUCGACAAAGGGGCUUUGGAGUGCGCGGUUUGUUUGAACGAAUUCGAAGACGACGAAACGCUGCGUUUGAUACCCAUAUGCGACCACGUCUUCCACCCUGAAUGUAUCGAUGCUUGGUUGACUUCUAAUACCACGUGUCCCGUUUGUAGAGCUAAUCUAGCUCCUGAACCUGAUAACUCAGCGAGUCAACUCACUGAGGCUGAUAACACCGCCCCCGAAGUGGACCUCGAGGCUCAAAACGACGUCGGUAACUCGGAAACGGAAGAAGAUAGGAGGAGAAACCCUGAUAAUGUUGACUGUGACGUGGAGGUUCCGGAGGUGGAACUAAUUGACUUGAACCGAGCUUUAAACAAGAAUCGUACACGUGGAUCCAUAUCUACCCGAACGCGUAGGUAUUUUUUCCCACGAUCACACUCGACCGGACACUCUUUGGUCCAACCGGGAGAAAACACGGACCGGUUCACUUUGCGAUUACCUAUGGAUGUUCGAAAACCGUUAAUGAACCGGAAGUUAGGUCGAGCAAUGAGCUUGGUGUUGCCCAGGGAAAGAAGUUCACGACGAGGUUACCGAACCGGAGAAGACGGUGGAAGUACAAGAGGAAAGUCUUUGAGAUGGCUCGACAAGUCAGACCGUGGAGUGAAGUCGGACUGGUGGGUGUUUAGUAUGGCACCACCAUUUAUUAGUAGAGCAUCAUCCAUGAAGUCACCGAAGGUGGCGGCUGAUAAUGGGGAAGGGACCUCCGAUUCAAGUUUGACAGUUAGACCGACGGGUGACUCAAGCCAUCCUCCGGUUUAAUGUCCUAUUUUAUUU